AUGACAACGCGCAAGAAGUAUCACCGAAUUAGUGUCUCCGCAGGCGAAGAAGAUAUUGACAAGCCGUUCGCCUUGCUUAUGGACAUCCUCAAACGACCUAGUUUGGGUAAUUACGUGCGUCAUGUCGAAUGUUGCACAGCAACAUCCAGUCAUAUGGACUACAAGCAAGUCAAAUCUCAGCGCGAUUUGAGCAAUGAGGAGAUAGAUCUCGUGAAAAAAGCAGUCAAAAAGGGUGGUUUCACAGGACUUCAACUUGAUCGAGUGGUCAAUAUGCUCAUGCGGAGGAUGGAAAAAACGGCAACAUAUUACGACUAUCAACACCGUGAGAGCCUCGGGACAUUCAUCACCCAAGCAUUGACCGCGAUUCUAAUUGUGGUAUCGCCGAAUCUUGUGUCGAUGGCCUUGACACACCCCUCUGGCCUGAGUCAUAACCACACAAUCGAAUUCCCGCUCGCGCAGCUCCUUCGCCGGGCUAAUGCCAGUCCCGAAAACACUCCAUACCUUUGCCACCUCCGCAGCAUUUAUGUGAUCAACAAAAACGAUAGUACCUGGUCCGAUGGUCGUUUCUAUCUCCCACUAGACCUUUCUGGUUGCUGGAGGCUAUUUGACAAUUUCCUGUCAAUUGAAUCCGUCCGCGUUGAUAUAAUGGAAAAGGAUCCAAACGAAGAGCUUGAAUUUAAAGAGAAAUAUUCCAAUAUCAGCAAGAUCUCCAUCCAUCAUUCGUCGGUUGGUUCCCUCUACCUUGCGAAUCUGAUAUGGUCGUGCAAGACCCUCAGGGACUUCCAGUACUCUAUUGGAGGUAGAGCGAGCAGUGAUGGGGGUUCUCCCAUCUUCAGCCCCAAAGCAUUUAUCAAAGUACUUUGCGCACAUAAGAAAACACUGGAAAUUCUGGAUGUCGAUGCGGAAAGUCAAAUUCAUAUCUUUGACAUUGAUGAUGAGGAGGAGAGAGACUAUGCACUUAAUGAAUACGAGAGCCCUUUUGAAUCUGGCAUCAGCGACGAAACAUGUACAUUUUACCAAUUGAUAUGGGCAUACGGUGGGUCACUGAAAGAAUUUGUGGCGUUGAAACGGUUGAGCUUGGGGAUAAACUUUCUGUUAUACUUUGCCGCUGGUGUUCGCGGAGAACCCUACAAGAAGAGGGAAAAGUUGGAUCUGGUAGAUUGUCUACCAAAUGGGCUAGAAUACUUAUGUGUUCGAGGAUACCAGAAGGGUGAGAACGAGGAGCAUGAUGAGCAGAUGGAUGCGUUGAUGACCUUUUACAAGUCUGGGUCAUCCCAACUGAAAGAGCUCAAGGGGAUCGAUGAAUUGAUUCCCAAUGCCGAGGUAGUUCGUGAUCCAGAUAACGACGAUCAUUUGCUGUGGUCGCUGGAGGAGCUUGGGUAUGAGAGUGAUUAG